GACUGAUUAUGUUGUACGCUGAAUUUGUUUUGUCUCUGAUUCUUCAUUUGUUGCUUUUGUUAUUCUUGAAUUACAUCAGAAAAUGUCAGCCGUGUUAGUCAGUUACCCGAAAUCCUUACUUCGCUCUAAUUAUUGUUGUACUGAAUUUACUGUUUAAACUCAAUAUUUGUGUGCUCCGUGACAACAAACAUGCAGUGCCCUGUUUCAGGCAGUUAAACUGGCGAAAACUAGCAGUAGAGAGAGAGAGAGAGCAAGUUAAUCAGAAUGCUUAUCACCUUAGAAAUUAGAAGACAGCUAAUGACAAAUGUUGAAAAUCUAGAAUGUACAUGUUUGAUCAGUAUUCUCUGCUGUACUGAUACGACAUUACCAAUGAACGGUCGCAACUGCAUUAUUUUAAUUUGUUUCUCAUCAACUAGAGAUGUUAACUAAAGUAUGCCGAUCGCUUAGACUUCGGUUUUAGAGCGAUCUUAGUGAUAUAUUACAUUUUUACCUGGCACCACAAUCUUAUCCACAAUCGCAUUUAUAUGCGAGUUUCGGCUACCAACAAGAAUCUUAUCUUAUGCCGUUCUAUUGCAUAUUUUUACUGCCUCAUGUUUUAUAUUACCAUUACACUCUUACUUUAACAAUAUCCUAAUUAAGAUACUAAAUGAAUGAAGUGAUCUAUAUUUCCAGAACUUAGGCUACUUUAUUCUUUUUGUGCAUGGUACCCUCGAAAUGAAAAGUGACGCCUGAAGCGUAUAAGAUGUUUUCAAUCAACCCUUUGUUCACACGGUCAUCAACUCGGGCGGAAACAGCUUAAAAAUGUAAAUUAGUUCUGAAAAACGCACUUGGGAAUAACUAAUAAAGAGUAUUGCAUUGCAUUGUAUUGUACAGCUUCAAACAUCAAACAAUUAAAGUAGCUAUCAAAAUCAGAAUUCGCAAUUAUCUAAAAGAAGCUUCUGAAGCUCUACGUAAGACACUUCUAUUAGAAUGUUGGCAAUAUUUUCGCUAGUGUCUCAUUGUCAAACUGACUGUUGACGCUCUAUAUCCAAGUUGAUUGGCAGUAGCAUCCGUCAUGGGCGCGGUUGGCUGCCAUAGACCAAUAUGGCUCCUGCCAAUAUACAAUAGAGACCUUUAGAUCCACCUUUACCGCAAACGUCUAACUGCGAUUUGAGGUUAGACGUUUGCCGUUCGUUGUUCAGACGUAUAGUCGAUUUAGAUUGGAGUAAAUUGGAGCGAAUGGGAAUCAUCCUGUCAGUGCAUUGGAAAUUGUGAAAAUAACGCCAAAAGUAGAGAAAUGAAGGAUCAGUGCCUUUCUACAAACAACAACAAAAGGCUAGGAAGAAUCUCAGAUGAAGAGGAAGGAAGGCUCAAGCCUGGCUUACUGUAUAGAUGAUACCCCGCCAUGGUACCUCAACGUUGUGCUGGGAUUCCAGCAUUACUUGACGAUGUUCGGCUCAACACUGGCCAUCCCUUUCGUUUUAGCCAAGCCCAUGUGUUACGAUCAGAAUCCACUGGCUACUAGUGAGAUUAUUGGCACCAUAUUUUUUGUGUCUGGAGUUUGUACUUUAUUGCAAACCAUUUUUGGAAACAGGCUUCCCAUCGUUCAAGGCGGCACGUUCUCCUUUCUUACCCCUACUAUAGCUAUUCUCAGUCUCCCUCGGUGGACAUGCCCCUCUGCUUCACCCACAGGCCUAAACAAUUUUACUACCAUCGCAUCAUUCGUCAACAACACCACUGCAUCUCCCAUUGAUUACACCGACAUAUGGAAACCGCGGAUGAGGGAGAUCCAAGGAGCUAUCAUGGUGGCCGCUCUGUUUCAAAUUGUGAUUGGCUUCUCUGGUUUGGUCGGGUUUCUGCUUCGUUUCAUUGGACCGCUGACCAUUGCUCCCACUGUGACGCUGGUUGGACUCUCAUUGUUUCAAGCAGCUGCAUAUUUCUCAGGUAUCCACUGGGGAAUUUCCGCGAUGACCAUGGUAGUUAUUACAAUCUUCUCUCAGUACCUGAAGCAAGUCAAAGUACCUUUGCCUGCUUAUUCAAGACAGAGAGGGAUGCACUUGACCAGAUUUCCCUUGUUUAGAUUAUUUCCGAUCCUGCUCGGAGUGGUUUUCGCCUGGAUUAUUUGUGCUACUGUGACUGCAGCCGGCGGAUUUACUGACAAUAAGAACAGCACACAGUACCGCGCCAGAACAGAUGCAAGAAUAUUUGUGCUGACUGAGGCUGAGUGGUUCAGAUUUCCAUAUCCAGGUCAGUGGGGCAGGCCCACAGUGAGUGCCGCUGGCGUGUUUGGAAUGCUGGCGGGAGUAUUGGCAUCUAUGAUAGAGUCAAUUGGUGACUACUACGCAUGUGCGCGACUGUCGGGAGCUCCGCCGCCUCCAAAACAUGCCAUAAACAGAGGCAUUGGAAUGGAAGGUAUAGGCUGCCUUCUUGCUGGGGCCUGGGGCAGUGGAAAUGGGACUACUUCUUACAGUGAGAACAUAGGAGCAAUUGGAAUCACAAAGGUUGGAAGUCGUCGUGUCGUGCAGUAUGGCGCUGUAAUAAUGAUGUUUCUUGGCAUACUGGGCAAGUUUGGCGCCCUUUUCACCACUAUCCCAGACCCUAUAGUUGGCGGCGUAUUCAUGGUGAUGUUUGGCAUGAUUACUGCUGUUGGUAUUUCCAAUCUUCAGUUUGUUGACCUGAAUUCUUCAAGAAAUCUCUUUAUCCUUGGUUUCUCACUGGUGUUUGGCAUGGCGCUCCCGUAUUGGCUGUCUCAAGAGCAGAACAAGAACGUCAUACAAACAGGUGAGCCCGAGAUUGACCAGAUCAUCACAGUGUUAUUGCGAACCAAUAUGCUGGUCGGUGGAAUCGCGGGCUUUGUACUGGAUAAUACGAUUCCCGGGUCACGUGAGGAACGAGGCAUGGUUGUGUGGAACAGCGAGAUGACGGAAGUUGGCCACAGAGCUCAUGUUUAUGAUCUUCCAUUUGGUUUGAAAAAGUUGAGCUUUUACAAUUUUGCUAAGUAUGUUCCCUUUCUGCCAUAUUAUGGUAACGAAGAAACUCCUGCAGUAGAAUUAAGAGAGGCGAAAAAGAAGCCGAGCGGCUUUCCUGCCACUCUGUGACUUUAUUUCAUGCACUAAUUCAGGUACGCCAUGAGACUACCAUGGCUUUAAGGACUGCUGGACUAAAAUAAAUCACUGUAUAGUAGACGUUAUCACCA